CGCGCACGACGUCCAAGACAAAGCGCACCAGGAGGGAAAGGCGCUGCUUUAUCUUUAAGAGACCAAGAAAAGCACAUCGACUCUCUCAAAAAAGAAAACUUUAACAUCAAACUACGCGUUCAUUUCCUCGAGGAGCGUCUUGCCCAGCUUGCACCAGACCAGAUCGAUGCUGCUCUCAAACAGAACAUCAAUCUCAAGAUCGAGGUCCAGCAACGUGGUCUUGAGAUCAAGAAACUCAAGAAACUCGUCUUGGAGCUCGAGCGCGAGUUA